AAUGAGCGCUGGCGCUAGCCUAGCAGAAGCACAUAGCCGUGCGCUGUGCUGUACGUUAUUUGCCUUGUUGGGUAAAUAAUUAUGUGCUCUGUUUAUCUAAUGAUAUUUUAAUUUUGAUUUUUACGUUGUAAUCUUUAUAUAUUCUUCACGUUUUCGCUGUAAUCUUUGUCUCUGGCUGUCGGUAAUAAAAUUUCAUCAUGCCUCCCAAGAAGAAAGGUCCAGAACCCAGCAAAAAAGCGGAUUUAAAGAAAAAGGAGAAAAUUAUUGAAGACAAAACUUUUGGAUUGAAGAACAAAAAAGGUGCAAAAAACCAGAAAUUUAUUCAACAAGUACAACAUCAAGUAAAAACAGGGAACCAAAGUGCUCGAAAGGCUGAGCUUUUAAAACCUGCAGAUAAAAAGAAGGAUGACAAGAAGAAAGAGCUUGAUGAAUUGAAUAAUUUAUUUAAACCUGUGACUGUACAGAAAGUGGAAAAAGGUGCUGAUCCAAAAUCAGUGUUAUGUGCUUUUUAUAAACAAGGACAAUGUACUAAGGGUGACAAGUGCAAGUUUUCACAUGAUUUAACUAUAGAAAGAAAGGCUGAAAAACGAAAUGUAUAUGUAGAUGUCCGAGACAAUGAAGAAGAUUUAAUGGAAAACUGGGACGAAGAUAAGCUAAAAGAAGUUGUAGAAAAGAAGCAUGGAGAAAUUGAUCGUAAAAUGCCUAAAACAGAUAUUAUUUGUAAAUAUUUUCUGGAUGCACUGGAAAAUAAUAAGUACGGUUGGUUCUGGGAAUGUCCGAAUGGAGCGAAUAAGUGUCAUUAUAGGCAUGCUUUACCUCCUGGUUUUAUCUUAAAAAAAGAUAAGAAAAAAGAAGAAAAAACUGAAGAAAUUUCUAUUGAAGACUUAGUUGAAAAACAGAGAGCUCAGUUAGGCGUAAAUUUGACACGAAUCACUUAUGAAACUUUUCAAGCCUGGAAGAAGAAAAAGCUUAGAGAGAGACAAGAAAAAAAUAGAAAAGAAGAGGAUAGGAAAAGAGCAGAGUUUAAAGCUGGUCGGCAUGUUGGGCUUAGUGGACGAGAUAUGUUUACAUUUAAUCCUGAAAUGGCCAUUGAUGAUCAGACAGAAGAAGGAGAAGCAGCUUUUGACAUGAAAUCUAGGGAAGAUCAGGAGGCUGAACCAUGUAAAGAAAUAUCAUCCGAGUUUUUUGAAAGUGAGCUAAGUGAUGAUCAAGGGAAAACUGUGGCAGCUGCUAGACAUUGGGAAAAUUCUCAAGUUUCUGAACCAGCAGCUGAAGGAGGCAUUGAAUCAGAUGAUGACAAUAAAGAUGCAGUUCCAAUUGAUGAAAAUCUUUUUGAUGAAGACCUAGAAGAUUUAGAUGAAGAAUUGCAGGAUUUAAAUGUUGAUUGAUGAUGAUUAGGCAUAAGAAUUAAGUGUCAUGUUUUAAUGGCUCUAAAUAAAUUUGUACAGAUUAUUUAAUGUGUGUGUGGUUUUAUCUCAUGAAAUAAAACAAAAUAUUUUGUAAUGCAAAGUAUUUAUUUUUUGCUG